UUACCCCAGCCUCUCACAUAUAAAAUGAGAGUUUAAGAAUUUCCUAUGUGCACCCAAAGCAAAGAAAUACCCAAAACAUGGGAAGGCUCCUCUCUCUCUUCUUCCUAUCCUCUUUCUCCCUAGUACUCCUCCUCUCGCCGGCCGCGGCGCUUCCACUCUCCACCGACUCCCGGUGGAUCGUUGACGAAACCGGGCGGCGGGUCAAGCUGGCCUGCGUGAAUUGGGCCUCCCAUCUCGAAGCCGUGGUGGCGGAAGGCCUUAGCAAACAGCCCGUGGACCUGAUUUCGAAGCAGAUCGGGUCCAUGGGCUUCAACUGUGUUAGGCUCACUUGGCCACUGUUUCUGGCCACGAACGAGUCAUUGGCUAACUUGACUGUUAGAAAGUCGUUCACGAGGCUUGGGUUGAUCGAAUCCGUUGCUGGUUUCCAGGCUAAUAACCCCUCCUUGAUUGAUCUUUCUCUCAUCAAUGCUUACCAGGCAGUGGUGUCCAGCCUCGCAAACAACAAUGUGAUGGUGAUAAUGGACAAUCACAUAAGUAAGCCAGGGUGGUGUUGCAGCAACGACGACGGAAGCGGUUUCUUUGGGGACCAGUACUUCAAUCCCGACCUUUGGAUCAGAGGGCUAACCCGGAUGGCCACCAUGUUCAAGGACACUCCCAAUGUUGUUGGCAUGAGCUUGAGGAAUGAACUUCGUGGGAACAAGUCGAACGUCGAUGAUUGGUACAGGUACAUGCAGAGAGGAGCUGAAGCAGUGCAUGCUGCAAACCCAAAUGUUCUUGUCAUUCUUUCCGGCCUAAGUUACGCCAAAGACCUCUCCUUCCUCCUCCAGCGCCCUGUGAACCUAACGUUUGCCGGAAAGCUUGUGUUUGAGGUGCAUUGGUACUCGUUUUCCGACGCCUACGCAUGGGGAACUGGCAACCCUAACCAAGUCUGUGGUCAAAUUGUGGGUAAUUUGAUGAGGAGGGCAGGGUUUGUGGUGGACCAAUUAGGGUACCCAUUGUUUGUGAGUGAGUUUGGGGUGGACCUAAGGGGUGUAAGUGUCAAUGACAAUAGGUACCUAGAUUGUUUCAUGGGUACGGCAGCUGAAAUGGACUGGGAAUGGGCUUUGUGGACCCUUGCUGGGAGUUAUUACUUGAGAGAAGGGGGAAUUGGUUCAGAUGAGACUUAUGGGAUCUUGAAUUGGAACUGGUGUGAGGCAAGGAAUUCAAGCUUCUUGGAUAGGAUCUCUGCCAUUCAAUCACCAUUCAGAGGGCCAGGAUUAUCAGAAGCCAAACUACACCAAGUGAUUUUCCAUCCGCUUACUGGCCUUUGUGUCCUAAGAAAGUCACUGCUAGAACCACUGAAGCUAGCCCCAUGCGCAGAGUCUGAUGCUUGGACCUACUCACAACGGAAGACACUGACAGUAAAGGGAACAUAUUUCUGCUUACAGGCAGAUGCGUUGGGAAAGCCUGCAAAACUUAGCAUAUUUUGCAGUGAUAACACUUCAAAAUGGGAACAAAUCUCAGAUUCAAAAAUGCACCUCUCAUCCCAGCUCGAUAAUGGCACAAUGGUUUGCUUGGAUGUAGACCCUGAAACCAAUAUUAUCGUCACGAAUACUUGCAAAUGCUUGAGUAGAGGAAAUACGUGUGAACCGGGGAGUCAGUGGUUCAAAAUUGUUGAUAGCACGAGGAGUAGUGGUGCUAUGACAUCUUUCAAUCGGUUAAACUCAGUGUUGGAUUUCUUUGGACCGAAUAUUCUUGAGGGGUUAAUAGUUUGAGAGCAAUAGCUGCCGAUGGUGAAAAGACUAUUCGACACAAGAAUACCGAUGAAGAUAUUUAAUGGAGUGCUACAUCUAUAAAGCGGGAAAAUCAUGUAAAUAGGGAUUGAUAUUGCUCUGCUAAUACUAUCUUAAUCAUGAAAAGCAGCAGUUUGUUGUCAA